AUGAAAAAAUUAACAUUGUAAUUCUAAUCCAAAGCCUUAGAAGAAAAAUAUUAGCAAUAUAUUGAAUAAGUUUAUAUCCCAAAGCUUAGCAACUUCCUCAAUUAUGUUUUAAUAGUUAUAGUUGUACCUUGCAUCAUAAUGGAUUUAUAUUACAGCUAAAAUCUAGGAGCGUCUUUAUAUAUAUUAACAGCACUCUCAAUUGUAAUAUAUAAGAUUUUGUUAAAAAAAUGCAGACAAUUUUAUGAUAUAUACAUAUUUUUCAUGGAAUUUGGUACAUAAGUGCUUAUGGGAUGUAGAAUCUAUAUUGAUGGUCCCACUUUAGACAAUUUUGAUGUCUAUCGACUUUUUUUUUUUGGAGCUUCUAUGAUCUAAAUUUAGUUCAUCAUGCACAGUAUAAGUUAAAACCUUAUAUUUCCGUUAAUUACAACUAUGACUCAAUUGAUCAUAUUUAUUACAGUCACUUGGAAUGUUUCGAUGUAUGACUAUAAAUUCACCUAUAUUAUAUUCACUUUACUCACAGCUUACUUUUUACACCAUAAUUUAAAAGAAAAAAAAGAGAUAUUUAUGUUUAGAGAGCAAUAAAAGCAAUGGAUUAAAAUUUUAAAAAAUGGAAUAUCUCAAAAAAUAAUAACGAUCCAAUAUGAUUAAAAGUAAAACGAAUUAACUUUAAAUGUGAUCAAUAAAAAUGCAACAGAGAGGUUUAAAAUUUAUAAUGAAAAAGAUUUCAAGGUAUUUUCUAGAAGAGUUCAUCUAUUUAAAAAAGAAAUAGAAGCUUAUGAAGAUUAUGAUAAGAAGUAAGUAAAUAGAGAAUCUAAAAUUCAUGGUGGUAGCUCAAUAAAAAAUACAACUUUAGAAAGCAGAAUUAUUUAGUUUAUGAAACAAAAUAUAAACAAUUCAAAAAAAAAAGAUUCUCUCAAAUCUAUUUAAUCAUAGAGUAUAAUAUCUAAAUUAAGCAGUGAUGCUCCAUUUAAAAAAAUGAGUUAAGACUGUUCUUAAAAAUAAGUAUCUAUGAAUAGCAUUAAGCAAGCUGAAUACCAAGCUAUUAUUUAAUCUGAAAAAUAAAAGCCAGAAGUUUAUAAAAUUAAAAUGUCCUAUUUUUUAAAUGAAGGAUACCAUCAGUGUUACAUAAUCUUUGAAUAAUAGUCUGAAGAAGAUAUUAUUAAAAAUGUUAUUGACUCUAAAAAAAAAAUCGAGCUAAGAUUCAUAAACAUAUGCUAGCAAUUAGGUAAGUUUUCAUUCAAUCAUUAAAAAAUUUUGAUAAACUAAAUAAAGUAUGCAAUAUUUCAUUCAACCCUUUCUUAUCAACUAAUUAACAAUGAUUUAGUUCAAAAUUUUCCUUUGCAAGCCAAUCAAAUUUUUAAGUUACCAAAAUUUCUAAAUGUAUUAUUAUUUAAUUUAUUAAAUAAAAAAGUUUGUUUAAAAAAUAUUAGCGAAAAGCCUCUCUAAAAUUAAUUUAAAUUAUUUAGAAAACACCUUAAUAAUACCCAAUUUUUUCUUAUUUACUUCUAAUUCCCCUUAUAAUAAUUUAAAAAUAACAUAAAUUAUUUACUUUUUAACAAGAUAGCAAAAUAAUGUUUGAAUCAAUUUUUUUUUAAAAAUAGGAAUCUAUAACUAGUUCAUGCAGAAAAAUAUACAUAGCUUAAACUUUCUAAAAUAAUAUUUAUUUCUAAGUUAAAACAAACUAAAGAAUAUUUGUGA